UAUAAGUAACCAAUAGAAAGCUCGAGCAGAGAGCACAACCAUGGCGAUGGCUGAGGAACAAAAGAAACGAACAAUGGAGGCAUUAGAGCGAAGAUUUGCUCAAGCCAAAGCUGAGCUUGAGGUACAGCAGCACAAGAACAAGAAAAUCUCAGUUGCUACAACAACAACAACUCCUGUUGAGAAAAACGGUGGACUUGCUCGCCAGGGCAUCAAUUCUUCGCCUUCGCCCUUCAAAUCAAAGGCAAAUUCCUCUUCUAUAUCAUCCAAAAAAGGCUAUUUAUCUUUUUCUGGCCAUCCAUCUUCUCAAGAUGUUGAACUGAAUAAUCCAGCGUACCUUCAACUCUCCCAUUCAGUAGACGAGAAUCUUCUGAAAAAUACUACUGAGAUUACUGGUACUGUUAACGAUAUUUUGCAUGAUCUUCUCCAACAUGGUGAUUCAGCCCAGAAAUAUAUGCAGGGGUCAAAAAAUGUGAAACUCUCUGACCUGCAGUAUUGGCCUUGCAGGAAAAAUCAGUUAUCACAAUGUCUCCUUAAUGCAGACUUACAUGGUGCACUAAUUCUAGUUGUUCAGUGCAAAAUAGCUGGCUUAAGUGGUGUACAUGGUAUCAUGAUUCGUGAGACCGUAGAAACAUUUGGAAUAAUCACAGAAGACAACAAAUUCCAAGUUGUACCAAAAAAGCUUUCUGUAUUUAUGCUGCAAGUGGACUGCUGGAAAGUUACAUUGCUCGGAGACAAACUCAGUUCAAGAAACAUGAUUACAUGAUAUUGUUAAGAUGGAUAUUUAUCAUAUGGAAAAUGUCUUAGCAUUGCUUCAGGUGGGAGUGGCUACAUCCACAACUACAUCUUUUAGAAGACUGAAAAAGCAAUAUGGAGUACGACGUUGAUGCGGAUUAACUCCUAUGGCAGAACAUAAACCGAGUUACUACAUCUUUAAGAAGACUGGUAGUCUUCCCGAAGGGUUAACCAAGUUUGACUGGAUUUGACCAGAAACAUAUAUGCAUGUCCCUUUAGUGUACUAUGAGACUCCAAAUUAAAUUGCCUUAGAAUAGAAUAUAAUAGAUAAUGUAUAAUUCAACAACAACAAUAUACCUAGUAUUAUCCCAUACCCAGACCCUACGGUGUGAAACUAAUAAAGGUUGAAUGUCCUUCCAUGUGGCAUUCUUGCAUGAGAAAUUGAAGAUAAGCGUUGUACACUUGUCAUACUCUAGGCUUCUCUUUUUACCUAUAAAUAAGCCUUCAAAAUAGCCAUCAAGUAUCAA